GGUUAAUACUGCACUGGGGAACAAGAGCAUGUGCGGGGGAGGGCUCCUGACACCCACGUUAGCAAUGAGCCAGCAACUCUGCUGUGUAGGACAGAACUCGAGUCAGGUCUGACAGAGAGAAGGAGAACUGUGUGUGUCAGAGAGAGAGAGAGAGGUUCCUGGCUCCCCCCUACCCCCCCUGGUUGGACAUCAUGCAGACGGUGUAGCAGGUCUGAGGGAAUUCGGGGGUCGCUCGGGUCGACUUUGCAAACUGCAGAUGAAUCAGCGCCGCUGUCGAGUUUUGUUUUCGCUUCGGAUUACGCUGCCGGGACAAAUGCAUACAAAUGCAUUUAGGAGCCCAAAGGACACGCCGUGGAUUCAUCUCUCCCGCCGGCAAACCGAAAUCCCUCCUUUUCUUGGUAACAAUAUGUUUGACGGCUGGAAUUGCACCAACCCACAUCCAAGGUGUAGACAUUCUCCAAAAACUUGGUCUUACAGACGAUGGAACACGCUCUUCAUCAGGAUCACCUUCCCAACAACCAUCGCUCUCGCUACCUCGGGGAAUCACAGCAACAGAGAAUGGCAUUAUUCUGUCAAGUGACGCACACAUUGAAGCUGCAGUCACAAGCAUAAUGCCAUUAGACACCAGCAAUGACUUCACUAUACUUGUUAGUCUCUGCUCUCAUCGAGUCAACAACGCUUUCCUCGUUAGUAUUAGAAAUAAGAACAGACUGCAGUUUGGUGUACAGGUUUUACCAAGAAAAUUAGUUGUGUAUGCUGCUGAGAAGCAAUCUGUAUAUUUUGCAUAUAAUGCUCACAAUGGGCAAUGGCAUUCAUUUGCCAUUUCAAUUAAAGGCAAAACUGCUACAUUUUCUUCCGAUUGUGGGGAGAAGCUCAUCAGUAAGGAGCUGCUCGUCAAACCACAGAAAUUUGUUUCCGGCAGCAAGUUCACCUUAGGAAGGAUGAACUGGAAUGCAGUUCCAUUUGAAGGUGUCUUGUGUCAGCUGGAUAUUUAUCCCGAUGCACAAGCUUUGUUGAACUAUUGCAAUUACAUGAAGAAGCAAUGUCGCCUGGCUGACACUUACCGAUCCCUGUCACCCUCACUUUCCACUACAUCUCCCGAAGUUACCAACUCAAGCUUGGGAGACACAAGAUCUUCACUGAGUGAAGAGAUGCAAGGAAGUUCAACACCAACAUCAACCCAUACCACAAGUACACAUGGACAAAAUAUUACUGAUGAAGAUGAAUAUUUAGGCCACUCAUUAGAUGGAGUUGUUGAAACCAAUACUCAAAGGAACUUGGAAGAAUCAAAGAUUUUGACCCAAUUACCUCCAACGUCAACCCCUCAUUUCAAUGAUACAACAAGAUCGCACUCAUGGACUGACUCAAGGCUUGACUCUGACCCUGUCCAGGUUCUCCUUGACCGAACUUCCAACUCAAAUGUGAGAAAAUUCAAAGAAUUGUCCAGCAGGGAAGGAGCUGAAUCGAAAGCAGAUCAAUCUGAAAAUGUUACGGAGAAUGGAAAUGCAGAGAAUUCAAAGAUUUCUGAUGAAGAUUUCUCACCCUUGACUUCGCUGCUGAAACAACCCACGAUAAAAGAAAGCCUUAGAAAUGUAAACCACCCUGAGGUCACAAAGGAAAUUUCAGACCAGCUUCUUGAAAUACAGAUGAUCAAUGCAACACUGUACAGAACAUCAACAGACACCUCUUCACUAAAUCAGAACAGUUUAUGGGAUGAGAACGGUUACUCGCCUGUGGACUCAGAUCACAACGUGGAAAAUUCACAAGAAAUUGAUAUUGAAAACUACGAUUACGAUUAUGAAGACUUCCUCGAUUAUUUAGAUUAUGAAGGCUUACCUGGGCCAAAGGGGGAUCCAGGACCACCUGGUCCCCCAGGUCCACCUGGUGCAACGGGUCCUCCUGGGAAACGGGGAGCGAGGGGUUUACCAGGACAACAUGGGAACCCAGGCUUACCAGGACUACCGGGCCCGAAGGGCCCCAAAGGCGAACCUGGCUUAUUCCCCAUUAAAGCACCAUCUGGCGAACAGGGGGAUCCAGGUCCCAUCGGUCCAGUUGGCCCUCCUGGUCCAUCAGGUCAAAAGGGUCCCAAAGGAUAUCCAGGGGCACUUGGACCUCCAGGGGAACGUGGUCCUCCCGGGCUGGCUGGAAAUCCUGGAGUGAGUGGAUACCCAGGCAGGCAGGGUUUGGUUGGGCCGAAGGGAAAGCCUGGCCCGAAAGGUAGACGGGGGUUUAUCGGGCCUCCUGGGAUGGUAGGACCACCUGGGCCAGAAGGUAAAAAGGGUAUUGCUGGACCCCGUGGGAAAAAGGGACCCAAGGGGAGACCGGGAUAUCCAGGUGCUAUUGGAGCAAGAGGCCCUCCUGGUUCUGAUGGCAACCUAGGAUUGCUCGGAGGAAUUGGUCAACCUGGAUUUCCUGGCCUCACUGGUGAUGUAGGUCCUUCAGGAUUAAUCGGUCUCCCAGGAAUCCCAGGGCCUCAGGGUCUGAUGGGAAGUGCUGGACCACCUGGAUUGAAAGGUGAUAAGGGGGAUCAUGGUGUGUUGGGUGCACCUGGGGAGCGAGGAUAUCCUGGUGACCGGGGAGCAACUGGUUUGCCUGGACCACCAGGAAUGAGAGGGAAAUCAGGACCACAGGGUAAAGUUGGAGAUCCUGGGCCCCAAGGUUUACCAGGUCCUCCAGGACCAGAGGGGUUUCCAGGGGACAUUGGCUUACCGGGCCCUAAUGGACCACAAGGUACGAAGGGAGUUCCAGGUGACAGAGGACCAUUAGGACCCCAGGGAGCAAAGGGACAACAGGGGGACGAAGGCCCACUGGGACCUCCAGGAAGUCAUGGACCACUGGGAAGACCUGGUCGAAAAGGAUACCCCGGAGUGCUUGGAUUAGACGGCAUUAAGGGAGAGCAGGGAGAUUUGGGAAACAUUGGGAAGAUUGGAGAACAGGGUCCUGUUGGCUUGCCCGGUCCUAGAGGCCCCUCAGGAAUAGUUGGUGAGAAGGGAGACCGUGGUGAACCAGGUCCUCUAGGACCACCUGGAGAGAAGGGAUCCAUGGGUUACAUGGGACCUCCAGGUUUACCCGGUCCUGUCGGAGAACAGGGACAGCGAGGUCUACCAGGACGGAGAGGAUCAUCAGGGUCACCCGGUGCCAAAGGGAGAAGGGGACCAAGAGGGCCGGAUGGAUCUCCAGGAGAACCAGGGCCCCAAGGGAACAAGGGAGAAAGAGGUGAUCUGGGCGAAAAAGGUGAAUCUGGAGUUAUUGGAAAAGCUGGGAAUCCUGGAGAGCGGGGAGCACAGGGUCCCCCGGGAUUGACAGGAUCUCCUGGGAGCACUGGAGAGAUGGGACCUCCUGGAAAACCAGGCCCUCGAGGCCAACCUGGUGAAGUUGGUACUGUCGGAGGGAUUGGUCCGGAGGGACCUCCAGGAGCAAUGGGAGAUCCGGGGCACCCAGGGGAACCUGGAUUCAAGGGUGAAUUAGGACCAGCUGGAAACAUUGGAGAACCAGGACAAACCGGUUUGAGGGGAGAGCCAGGUCCAGUGGGAGAAGAUGGAAUACAAGGAAAAGAUGGGAUCAAGGGUGAACUGGGUAAUCCAGGUCCGAAGGGGGAGAUGGGGGAGAAGGGGGACACUGGAGCUCGAGGAGUUGCUGGUCCAGUUGGAGCCUCUGGAAUUAAUGGAAUGCCGGGACCUGAAGGGAAACGGGGAAAACCAGGACAGCGAGGGCGCUCAGGGAAAAAGGGGGAGAAGGGACACCGGGCACCUCCUGGGGAACAGGGAGAUCGAGGUGAACAAGGACCACGAGGAGAGGCAGGGCCCAAAGGAGUGAGGGGCUCUCGAGGAUCAAUGGGGCCUCCUGGUUUGAUGGGACCAAUAGGGGAGCCAGGACUUGUGGGAUAUCCGGGUCAUCAAGGGCCAUCGGGACCUCAAGGACCCCCAGGACCAAAGGGAGAGAAGGGGUAUCCAGGAGACGACAGUGCUGAGAUCGGACUCCCUGGGCCUCUAGGUGAACCAGGUCCUGUAGGUCCUCGUGGAGAUAGUGGUGAACCAGGAGAUGAAGGGUUUAAGGGUUACGCAGGGUUGCCAGGACUGAGGGGAGCUGCAGGACAGCAAGGAUUGCCGGGAGAUUCAGGUGAUCCCGGAGAGCAAGGGCUUAAAGGAGAAAAAGGAAAGCAGGGCCAAAAAGGGGCGAAAGGAUCACCUGGAGAGCCGGGGAAACCAGGAUUAUCAGGAAUCACAGGACCACCUGGGAAAAGAGGAGCAGAGGGACAGCCAGGAUUGAGGGGAAAGCCAGGGAAUGUCGGAAAGACAGGAAUUCCUGGAAAUCCUGGGCGACCUGGCAAUCUGGGUGAUCUUGGGAUGGUUGGACUGGCUGGUGCCCCUGGACCAAGGGGUGCUCCCGGAGAACCAGGUCUGGUGGGUGACAGAGGAAGACGGGGACCAAAGGGUGAGAAAGGGUUACCGGGUCAACCUGGACUCCAAGGAAACCAAAGGGGACGUGCUGGAGUGCAGGGCGAUCAGGGAGCCUUUGGGGAGCCUGGGCCGAAAGGACGAAAGGGAGAUGGUGGUGAUCGAGGUUUGAUGGGAUUUCCUGGCUUUCAAGGUCCAAAAGGUCCAGUUGGAGAUAUUGGUUAUAAAGGAAUUCAAGGUCCAAAGGGUCCAAUGGGAUUGUUUGGAAACACUGGACCAUUUGGACCCACUGGAAUUAUCGGUCCUGCUGGGAAACCGGGACCAAAGGGAGUGAAAGGAGCCAGGGGGGAAAUGGGACCUGCAGGACCACAAGGCCAGCCUGGACCACCUGGUCCUCCUGGGUCACCUGGUCCAUUGAGACAUUCGGAUAUUAAUACCGCGAUCCGAGCCUUGAUUGCAUCCAGUGAAGCCCUGCAGUUUGAGAGUUACCAGAACACUGAAGUCGCACACAUGGAGCAAGGAAUGGGGAUAUUCAAAACUUUACACUAUCUCAGCAGUCUGAUGCAAAAUAUCAAGAACCCCCUGGGAACCAAGGAACAUCCUGUUCGGGUUUGCCGGGAUUUGUUGAACUGUGAAAGUCAACUAUCUAACGAUAAAUACUGGAUCGACCCCAACCUGGGCUGCUCUUCAGAUACUAUCGAAGUAUUCUGUAAUUUUAACACUGGCGGCCAGACGUGUUUACACCCUGUCACUACAUCCAAGCUGGAUUUUGGAAUUGGAAAAGUACAGAUGAAUUUUUUACAUUUGCUCAGUUCUGAAGCCACACAGACCAUUACAAUACACUGUCUCAACUUCCCAGUUUGGAAGAACACUACCAACAAGGAUCCCUACGCUAAUUCCAUACACUUCAGAGGAUGGAAUGGCCAAAUAUUUAAACCAAAUACAGUAUUUCAACCCAAAGUUAUAAGGGAUGGGUGCAAGAUUCAAGAUGGGACAUGGCGACAGACACAAUUUGUUUUCGACACUCAGGUUGUUGGUCAACUUCCGAUCGUUGAAAUUCACGAGCUCCCUCAUGUCACAUCAGCGAGACAGUACCGGGUAGAAAUUGGUCCAGUGUGCUUUCUGUAGGAGGACACCGGAACUGAGUUACCCUCAUUAACUCGGUCAGGAAGCCAGCCUCCCUGGAGCUGUCAGCUUUUGGAGAGAUUAUCUCUGUUCGCUGUGGAGCGUUCAGGAACAUUUUUGAUUCAAACUGACUCCUCAGGAAGAGUGAAUUGAUGCCUCUCUGUCUCAGUCACUGCGGUUAGCUGGAAAUGAAGGCAUUUGAUGUAUCGGGCACAAUAUUCUGUGCUCCAAGUCAUAGUUCUGACCCCAAUGGUCAUGGAAUCUUUCAGUAAUGUAUCAGUUGUGAUUUCAGCUCCAAUCACUUAGUCAAGACUGAGAAAGAAAGACCCUUAAUAGCACUGAAGACUACUUGUUGCAGAAAGGUGCAAUGUCUUCCGAUGAGAGGUGGAAGACAGCUCGGAACAAGUGCGCAGUUUUAUCUAAUCUUGUCCAAAUGUGGAAGAGUCCUCUACCUCUGAGUCGCUGCCUGUUCCCAUCCGGACUCUGAUUUUGACAGGUCAGGAAGUUCCUCAUGUUCAACAGGCCUGUUUGUUGAGAGCCCUGUCUUGCCCACAUCCUGGAGGGACACAAGGUUAGGUCAGGGUGAUUCCCAAUCAGAUUCAGGCCAUUGUUGGUGUUUGAUACUGGCUCAGCAAUGAUCUUUCUGCUGUCUGUGCAGGUAAAUAUUGGUCCCCAACUGAGGAGGAUCUAAUUUAUCUGGAGCCAGGUUGAUUAUAAACACCACUUGAUGGUAAAAAGCUUGUCCCCAGUGCAUUUUGGAACAAUGCCCUUGUUUGGAUAUUGGGUGACAGAGUUGCCAGUGAGGACUCACUCUCCACUGAGAGGCAUGCCCCCUUGGCACCAACUCAACCUUCCACUUCCUUCCCUGUCCCCCCAACACCACCCCAAUUCCCAAACCCCAACAUUCCAAAGUGCAAGUUGUUGGACAGGUUCGAAAAGAGCAUAAGAAGUCCUGGUGCCAACACUCAGCAGAAGGCAUUCUGUCGUGGAGCACCAAGCACAGACACAGAGCCAUGCACCUACCUAUCCCACAUCUGGUAGUAGUUCAACAGGUGAGGUUCUUUGGGUCCACCUAGACCAAGGUGGGUACUGAAUCCUGGGGACUGACUUACACAUUGGCAUUCUCAGGUGAUGUCCCUUUCCCUGUCAUUCCUGAACCUCAGUGUUUGCUCAUGCGAUGGACAUCUCAUUUCAACAGAUACAGAUAGAAGGAACUGCACGCUAUAACUGCACACCACAUCUGCCUCCCGGGUGUCCUAGGUGCUAAUAUUAAUAAGGUGCUACGGUUUUGAUAUUAUGUUGUUUUUUGAAAUGUAUGUACUGGCUACAUUCAGUAUUUUUCUGUUUCAAAAGUACUUAUUUGGUCAUUUAUUUCUAUCAGAAACAUUAUUUAUAUGAACUGUGUAAUUAUACCAAUUGUGUCUUACAUUGUAUGGAAGUGCUGUACAGAUUGGCACAGUGUGUGUGUGGUGACUGUAGAUAGAUGAAAAUGCUUUGCUAGUUAGAGGAAUGUUGUAGAACAACUACAUGCUUUCUGUUCAGCUUUAAGGUUGUACCUUGCCUUUAUAUAUUAAAUUUUGAUCUCUCACUCAAGGA